UACUUUCUAUGUUAGAGAAGACAGAGCAGAGACACAGAAAAAGUAUGUAAUUAAAAACUGGUUGCCAGAACACCAAACUGGACUUCUUAGUUUAAAGAUUUAAAGUGUUACCUUUACAGAGAUGCCAAGCUUUUGCCUCUAUUACUCCAAAGGGUUCACAAGCAGCAUCAAAUUUAAUUUGAGUAUUUUUUAGGUGUUUUUGUAAUUUUGGGGGUGCCAGUUAAGGGGUUAAUAUGACUACUACUUGUCAUUUGAACUUCAUGCAGAGAUGUAAUCCACUAAGUCAGAGGAGUUAUGUUAAAGUACCAUGUGGGACUUUUUGGCAAACCAAGCUAAAUUUUCUCUGGCUGAAACUAACUCUGGCCUGAGACUGUGACUCCUAAUUAAAGUAUGUCUAAUUAUUAAAGUAUGUCUGAUUAUUAAAGUAUUUCUGAAUUAUGGCUCAGAAUCACCUCCCACUACCAGACAGUGGUUGUAUGAUACGUUUUCAUCCUUAGAGCCUUGUUAGUAUUGCAGUUAUGAAAACAAUAGUUGGUAAUCCUGUUCAGAGACACUUUUUAUUAUACUGGGAAAAAUCGUCCCUGCAUCCUAAAAGUGGCAAAUAUAUUAUGUAUUCACAAAAGGAGGACUAAAAAUAAAAUCAUUCUCUGUGGGACCUGAUGGAUUCAGAGGGAUUAAUAAAUCUCAGGUUAUCUGCUUCAUGGCACCUUGAUGGAUCGGAUCACGAUUUGACACAACAUGAUGUCUUUCGUUAACCAAGAUGUUCUUGAUCAUCAAUUUAUUGUCAACCAAAAAGAGAUCUCUGUUCUGUACCAGAGGGAAACAGAAUCUCUAAAAACCAAAGGGAUGAAAGAUGAACCACAAUCUUUACAAGUAAAAGAAGAGUGUGGAUCAGAACCUUUUCAGAUUGUGAACAAAGAAGACCACAUAGAACUGAAACAAGAGGCCAAUGCCUUAAUGGGAACAGAAAUAAAAAAAGAAUCUGAGAAAUUUGAAUUUAACCAAAUGAAGGAAGAUGAUCAUGAAUCAGAAUCUCAGCUGAUGGUAAAGACUGAGGUUGAAGGUAUCAGUCUCGAUGAAAACCAGGAUGUACUGAAGCAGGAAACUGAUACAUUAAUGGGAACAGAUUCUGGAUCUCCUGAAAUCAAAGAGGAAUCAGAAGAACUAGACCCUAAAGAAGUGAAGGAGGAGGAGCAUGGAUCAGGACCUCCGCAGAUGGUAAAGAAUGAGGCUGAUGGAAUCAGUCAGGAUGAAAACCAGGAUGUACUGAAGCAAGAGACUGAUGCCUUGACCCUGACAACUUCUAGUGAUGAAACAGACCAUCAACAACCUGAGGUAAAUGGAAACCAAAUCCUUCUUCAGAACUUCAUUAAAAUGGAGAAUCAUCAGGAAAUAAGGAGUUACGAAGCCUCAGAAUCCAGCAGAGCUCAACCGGAACAAAAGAGAAUUCAGAAAACCAUAAGUCAAAGUGAUGAUGUGGAGAAAGGAAUGACAGUCAAUGGUAAAAAAUGUAAACAGUGUGAAGUCUGUGGUAAAUAUUUCCAAUUCACUUUUGAUUUAACAACUCAUAUGAGAACUCAUACAGGUGAAAGACCAUUCUCCUGUAAAACCUGUGGAAAGAGUUUUAGUCAAAAAAGUAGCUUAUCCACUCACCAGAGAACUCACACCGGAGAGAAGCCAUUCUUGUGUAUAACCUGUGGGAAAGGUUUCAGUUAUAAAUGUAGUUUGAAUAGCCACAUGAGAACUCAUACAGGAGAGAAGCCUUUCUCAUGUAUCACAUGUGGAAAGGAUUUCAAUCAGAAAUUUACUUUGAAUUGCCACAUGAGUACUCAUACAGGAGAAAAGCCCUUUUCCUGUAUCACUUGUGGAAAAAGUUUCAAUCAAAAAUGUAAAUUGAAUAACCACAUGAGAACUCACACAGGCGAGAAGCUAUUUUCAUGUAUCACCUGUGGAAAACAUUUCGAUCAAAAAAGUGAAUUAUCCAUUCACCAGAGAACUCAUACAGGUGUGAAGCAAUUGUUGUGUAUUGCCUGUGGAAGAGGUUUCAGUCAAAGAAGUAACUUGAAUAGACACAUGAGAACUCAUACAGGAGAGAAGCCUUUUUCCUGUAUCACUUGUGGAAAAAGUUUCAAUCAGAAAUUUAAAUUAAAUAACCACAUGACAACUCAUACAAGUGAGAAGUUGUUCUCAUGUAUCACCUGUGGAAAAGGUUUCAAUCAAAAAUGUAAGCUGAAUAGUCAUAUGAGAACACAUACAGGAGAGAAACCUUUCCUGUGUACAAGCUGUGGGAAAAGUUUCUUUCAAAAAAGUCAGUUAUCUAUUCACCAGAGAACCCAUACAGGUGUGAAGCUGUUGUCGUGUAUUACCUGUGGAAAAGCUUUCAAUCAAAAAAGUAACUUAAAUAGACACCUGAGAACUCAUACAGGAGAGAAGCCUUACUCAUGUAUCACCUGUGGAAAAAGUUUCAAUGAAAAAUGCAAUUUGAAUAGCCACAUGAGAACUCAUACAGGAGAGAAACCUUUCUCAUGCAUAAGCUGUGGGAAGAGUUUCUUUCAAAAAAGUCAGUUAUCUAUUCACCAAAGAACCCAUACAGGUGUGAAGCCGUUGUCGUGUAUGGCCUGUGGAAAAGCUUUCAAUCAAAAAAGUAACUUAAAUAGACACCUUAGAACUCAUACAGGAGAGAAGCCUUACUCAUGUAUCACCUGUGGAAAAGGUUUCAAUCAAAAAUUUAACUUGAAUAGCCACAUGAGAACUCACACAGGAGAGAAACCUUUCUUGUGUAUCACAUGUGGAAAAAGUUUCAAUCAAAAAUGUAAACUGAAUAACCACAUAAGGAAUCAUACAGGAGAUAAGCCUUUCUUUUGUAUAAGCUGUGGAAAAAGUUUCAUUCAAAAAAGUGAUUUGUCUAUUCACCAGAGAAUUCAUACAGGUGUAAAACCUUUGUUGUGUGUCGCCUGUGGAAAAGGUUUCAGUCAAAGAAGUAACUUGAAUAGACACAUGAGAACUCAUACUGGAGAGAAGCCUUUCUCGUGUAUCACCUGUGGAAAAGGGUUUAAUCAAAAAUGUAAACUGAAUAACCACAUAAGGAAUCAUACAGGAGAUAAGCCUUUCUUUUGUAUAAGCUGUGGGAAAAGUUUCAUUCGAAAAAGUGACUUAUCUAUUCACCAAAGAAUUCAUACAGGUGUAAAACCUUUGUUGUGUGUUGCCUGUGGAAAAGGUUUUAAUCACAGAAGUAACUUGAAUAGACACAUGAGAACUCAUACCGGAGAGAAGCCUUUCUCGUGUGUCACCUGUGGAAAAGGUUUCAAUCAAAGAUUUAAUUUGAACAACCACAUGACAACGCAUACAGGAGAGAAGCCUUUUUCGUGUGUCACCUGUGGAAAAAGUUUCAAUCAAAAAUUUAAAUUGAACAACCACAUAAGAACUCAUACAGGUGAAAAGCCUUUUUUGUGUAUCAAAUGUGGAAAAGGUUUCAGUCAAAAAAGUAAUUUGAAUACCCACAUGAAAGAUCAUACAGGAGAGAAGCCUUUCACAUGUAUCACUUGUGGAAAAGGUUUCAGUCACAAAAGUAAAUUGAGCAGCCACACGAGAACUCAUACAGGGGAGAGGCCUUUCUCUUGUACCCGUUGUGGAAAAGGUUUCAGUAAAAAAAGUAAUUUAAAUACCCACAUGAAAGAUCAUACAGGAGAGAAGCCUUUCUCAUGUAUCACAUGUGGAAAAGGUUUCAGUCACAAAAGUAAAUUGAACAGGCACAUGAGAACUCAUACAGGAAUGAAGCCUUUCUCGUGUAUACCUUGUGAGAAAUAUGUUUGUAAAAACAUUGAAUAGUCUCAUGACUCAAAGGACAGAUGCCUUUUACAUGUAUACCUUGUGGAAACGGUAUCAUUCAUAAAAGUAGUUUGACUUGCAAUGUUAGAAACCAUUCAAAAUAGAAACCUUUCCCAUGUUGUACUUGUGGUAAAAGUGUUGGUUGUAGUUAUAAUUCUUCAUUGUUCAUUGAAGUACUCAAAAUACCCCAUUAGAACUUCACACAAAUGAGCAAUUUUUAAUUUAGGUUGUUUCACUAAUGUUAGAGGCCUUUGCUUAGGGCAAACUGAAUGUUAAUAAAAGAAAGACCUU